AUGAACAUGACGACAGCGAUGACGACUCUGGGACGCCGCCUCGUGGCGCGCGCGGGCCGACGUGGUAGUCCGCGCACAAUGUUCGCAGCGGGUGCUGGUCAGCACAUUGCACUGGCUCCGGUUGUGGCGCCGUCGCGUCUCUGGUUCUCGUCCGCGCGCAGCAGCAGCAACGACGACGACGACGACGACAAUUCGCACUCGGACUUCCAGCCGCAGUACCACGCAGCCAAGUCGAACGACAAGGAUGAGGUCCUGGCAAUGAUUGAGAAGCACGUGAAGACGUACCCUGUGAUGCUCUACAUGAAGGGAACGCCUUCGGCUCCGCAGUGUGGGUUCAGCAUGCAGGUCGUGCGCAUUUUGCACGCACAGGGCGUGAGCUUUGACAGCGUCAACGUCUUGGACCAUCCUGAGAUCCGGGACGGGGUCAAGGAGUUUUCCCAAUGGCCGACGAUCCCCCAGCUCUAUGUCAACGGCGAGUUCGUUGGCGGCUGCGACAUUAUCACGGACAUGAACAAGUCGGGCGAGUUGGCAGAGCUGCUGGCGACGUUCAAGCAGGAAACGUGA